GCUGUUUAUGAUUUGAUGAUCGUGUUGCAGGGUCAUCCUAAGUACGAGUUCUCUUACCAAGUGAAGGACCCUCAUACACAUGACAUCAAGUCCCAGCACGAGAAGCGCGACGGUCACCUCGUGCACGGCGAGUACAGCCUGCACCAGCCCGACGGCAGGGUCAGGACUGUCAAGUACCACGCCGACCACAAGACUGGAUUCAACGCUGACGUCCAUUACGAGGGUCAUGCCACACACAUCGUUCCUGAACACCACCACCACCACUGAUCUUGUGAUAAAUGUAUUUUGCGUGUUGGCUUUGGCAGUUGCCAUAGUCUCCGGCCAUGGAUACUCGUCGCAGUACAUCCACCGCCACGACGGCCACCACCAGCCUGUGCACCACGGACACCACCACGACUACUACACUCACCCCAAGUACGAGUUCGAGUACAAGGUGGAGGACUCGCACACCGGCGACCACAAGUCGCAGCACGAGCACCGCGACGGUGACGUCGUCAAGGGACACUACUCGCUGCACGAACCUGACGGCUCCGUCAGGGACGUGCACUACCACGCUGAUCAUCACUCCGGUUUCCACGCGGACGUGAAGCACAGCGUACACCAUGUCGUGCCUCAUCAUCAUCAUAUUGCUUCAGUCAUUGCCCUCCUCGCCGUAGCGAGCGCGCGGCCGCAGUACCACCACGGUCAUGGUCAUGGGCACCACGGUCACGGACACGCAGUCUCCUCACAGAGCGUCGUGCUGCACCAGACGCAACACCACCCCGAACACCACGCCCACCACGAGGAACUCAGUGAACAUCACCAUGAGGAACAACACCACAAUGAUCACCAUGAACACCAACACGGUCACGCCUCCUCAUCACAGAGCCUCCGCCAGCACCACUCACAUGGCACCGAGAAACACGUCGAGUACUAUGGUCAUCCUAAGUACGAGUUCUCUUACCAAGUGAAGGACCCUCACACAUACGACAUCAAGUCCCAGCACGAGACGCGUGACGGUCACAUCGUGCACGGCGAGUACAGCCUGCACCAGCCCGACGGCAGGGUCAGGACUGUCAAGUACCAUGCUGACCACAAGACUGGAUUCAAUGCCGACGUCCACUACGAGGGUCACGUGAUCACUAUACCUGAGUUCAGAACGAGCUUCUUCUUGAGGUCUUUGUCGCCUUUGUGCGUGUUGACUGGCCUAUUCCAGGUGUUUUGCAUACUGGCUGUAGCGGUUGCCGUAGUCUCCGGCCACGGAUACUCGUCGCAGUACAUCCACCGCCAUGACGGCCACCACCAGCUUGUGCACCACGGACACCAACACGACUACUACCAUUUGCAGACUCACCCCAAGUACGAGUUCGAGUACAAGGUGGAGGACUCGCACACCGGCGACCACAAGUCGCAGCACGAGCACCGCGACGGUGACGUCGUCAAGGGACACUACUCGCUGCACGAACCUGACGGCUCCGUCAGGGACGUGCACUACCACGCUAAUCAUCAUUCCGGUUUCCACGCGGACGUGAAGCACAGCGUACACCACGUCGUGCCUCAUCACCAUCAUCAUUACUGAAACCUAUUUGUUUAUACUGUGUUAAGUGUUUUUUAGUAAUAUAUCAAUUUUAAAAACAAAA